UCUGUUUUCCCUUAUAUUUUCUCAUUUUUUGUUAAAAAAAUUCUUUUAUAUGGCACCAUAAAAGGAAUCGAACCUGCGCGAUAAUAAUAAGUAUACACCAACAUUGUUAGAAAAAUAUGUGAUAUUUGCGACAAUUAUGUGAUAUUUGUUACAAAUACAACACAUUUUAGUAUUAGUGUAACCGCGCCGCUACGUUCCGACAAUGUGAUUUUAUGUUUCUGUAUUUAUUAUAACAUCUUUUGUAUGUCUCUCUUUUUCUCUCACUCUAACUAUACUUUCGACAAGCUGGCCGAGCAACGAUGUUCUUUUGUUUUUCGGGUAGGCCUCGCGAUUUUCGCAUCUAAGUGUCGCGUAGUCAUUGUUGCAACUUCGCAAGAUGUCUCGCGAGGAGAACGUGAACGAGGAUCAAAAAAUGCCACGAGGUGAAGAAGAUGUGGUGGAUAAAAAACCGCCACCGAUUACACGUAAAACGAGGAGUGACGGUGCCGUGAUUACACGGAGCCGUCACUGCGACACAUGUAGUAAGGAUGCAAGGAUGCCGCAGUCGACGGCGCCCGUACACAAACCGACGGCCGCGGCGCCCGUACGCAAAUCGACGGCCGCGGCGCCCGUACGCAAAUCGACAGCACCUCCUGAAAAAAAAGAAAUAGAAGAAGGAGAAGAAGGAGAAGAAGGAGAAGAAGAAGAAGAAAGAGAAGAAUAUUUUGAAGAUGAAAUAGAAGAAAGACAAGGAGGAAGAGGAGGCAGAAGAGGCGGGAGAGGUGGAAGAGGACGAAGAGGCGCAUAUCAACCGCAGGCACCAACACCGUCUCCGGUCCAGCCGCCGCCGCCGCCGCCGCCGCAAUAUACGCCGCAAAUGUAUGGAUAUGCGUAUCCAUAUACGUAUCCAUAUAAUUAUCGCCCAUAUAUGUAA